UCUAAUGUAGCCUGGAGACGUCAUGAAAAAAAGAGGGUGGUCCCUAAAACUUGACACUGACAGAGCCUGAAAGUGUUCACUUCAGAGGCAGAAGGGUUGCGCUCUGUACAACAGCUGUAGACAGUGAAUAACGAUGGAAGUGGUCGAGGGAGAUGAGCGGGCACCCGGGCAGGCAGCCACUCUGCUCGGGGCGGGACGGACACAGAAACACAGCAACGCCGCUAAAAACGGGACGUCCAGUAAAAUGAAAAUCAUAGCUGGGGUUCUUCUUAUCUGCUUACUGGCUGUAAUCCUAGCAAUCGUGUUUAUCUUGAAACUACACUGUGAUGAGAAAGUGAACAGCUGUAAGGGUCGAUGUCUGUCAGAGAAGAGAAGCGUCGGUGCCACAUGCCACUGUGAUACAGCAUGUGUGGAUGAAGGAAACUGCUGUCUGGACUAUAAAGAAGUGUGUGUGGAGCCAAGUCAACUAUGGACUUGCUCCAAACUCCGCUGCGGGGAGGUUAGCUUGCCCUAUAGUCUUUGCUCGUGUGCUGCAGACUGCAGUGAAAAAGGCAACUGCUGUGCAAACUACAAGAGUGUAUGUGAAGGACAAAAGUCAUGGCUUGAAGAGGAAUGUGUGGAUAUCAAGACACCACAAUGUCCUGCAGGCUUUUCCAAACCGCCACUAAUCCUGAUAUCUCUGGACGGCUUCAGAGCGGGAUACCUGGAAUCCUAUAGCGGCCUUCUUCCAACCAUCAAAAAAUUAAGAACAUGUGGAACUUCUACAGCAUACAUGCGCCCUGCCUAUCCUACAAAGACCUUCCCCAAUCAUUACACCAUUGUAACAGGUCUGUAUCCAGAGUCACAUGGAAUUGUGGACAAUAAGAUGUAUGAUGUUACCCGCAACGCCAGCUUCAGUUUGAAAAGUGAUGAGAAGUUUAACCCCACUUGGUACCAGGGUGAACCAGUCUGGUUCACAGCCAUGAAGAACAGAUUGAAAGUUGGCACAUUCUUCUGGCCAGGAUCAGAUGUACUUAUUAAAGGGAAAUAUCCAGAUUUACAUGAACAGUAUGAUGGGAAAGUCCCAUUUGAGAAGAGGGUGACCACGAUUUUGAAAUGGUUAAGUUUGCCUGAAGGAGAAAGGCCAGACUUUUACACCCUAUAUAUGGACGAACCUGACAGCUCCGGUCACCGUUAUGGACCAAAAAGCAGCCAGGUGAUUAAAGCUCUAAUGCGAGUUGACAUGAUGAUGAGUUUGGUAAUGGAUGGCCUGAAGCAGAAAAAACUCCACAACUGCGUAAACCUGAUUCUUCUCUCUGAUCAUGGAAUGGAGGAAGCCUCGAAUAAAAGAGCUGCUUACGUCUCGUCUUAUCAGGACAACACUGAUGACUUCAUAGUCAUUCAGGGCCCAGCGGCACGAGUGCGACCCAAACAGCUUCCUGAAGACUUCUUCACUUUCAAUUAUGAAGGACUGGUGAAGAAUCUGUCGUGCAGAGCUCCGGAUCAGCCGAUGAAGCCCUAUCUAAAGGAGCAUCUACCCAAACGACUGCACUUUGCCAACAACAUCCGAAUAGAGAGAGCGCAUCUCUACAUGAAGGCUCAGUGGCAAGCAGCCCUAAAACCGACAGAAAUCAAGUACAAGUUGGGUGGAUUUCAUGGUUCGGAUAAUACCUUCAAAAACAUGCAGGCCAUUUUCAUAGGAUAUGGUCCAGGAAUGAAGUACAACACCACCGUGGCUCCCUUUGAAAACAUAGAAGUGUAUAACCUCUUGUGUGAUCUCUUGGGCGUUCCCCCUGCACCUAACAAUGGCACUCAUGGGAGUCUCAACCAUCUCCUGAGGAAUCCACCUCACCAACCAGUCUACCCUGCUGAGAUCUCUCCAGCGUCCAGCUGCUCCACCAAGGCUCUUUUACCCACUGACGAGCCAGGCUGUGUCUGCAGCUCCCACACGAAGGACCAGGUGAAAAUUCUCAACCAACAACUCAUCAGUUCACAUUCCGACAUGACCGCCAAACGUCUUCAUCUACCGUACGGAGUUCCACGAGUUUUACAGGAGAAGGCCAACUACUGCUUACUUCAUCAUUCAUCCUACAUCAGUGGAUACAGCAAAGACAUCCUCAUGCCUCUCUGGGUCGCAUAUACACUGGAACCACUGGCUGGUGUGCAGCCCCUCAGUUCUUCCCAAGAAGAGUGUGUUCGUGCUGAUGUACGCAUUCCGACCUCUGCAAGGCAGUCUUGUUCCUUCUACAAGGAUAACUCCACCCUGACAUAUGGAUUUUUCCAUCCUCCCAAUUUGAGCUUAAAUGGCACCGAGUCUGACUCCUUGAUUACGAGUAACAUGGCACCAAUGUUUCCUGUCUUCAAAGGCAUUUGGGAUCACCUCCACAAUGUCCUGCUGGUGAAGUAUUCACAAGAUAUGAACGGCAUGAAUGUCAUGAGUGGACCAAUAUUCGAUAAAGACUUCGAUGGAAAUUAUGACAUCAUGACGGGGAGGACAACGAAUGAAGUGCCCAUGCCCACGCAUUUCUUUGUGAUUCUCACAAGCUGUAAGAACUCCUCUGUGGCUCUGCCAAAGUGUGAUGGUCCACUUGAGACUUUGUCUUUCAUUCUGCCCCACCGACCUGAUAACAUGGAGACUUGUCAUAAUGGAAGUGACUAUUCAUGGAUGAAAGAGUGGGCUCAGCAUCAUGUGGCACGAGUUCGAGAUAUUGAGCUUCUAACUGGCCUGAGUUUUUAUCAUGACCGCUUAUCUGUUACAGAGACAUUACAGCUCAAGACUUUUCUACCAACAUUUUAGCAAUUAUAACUAGAAACUGAACAAGAGCUCCUUAUGAGGAGUGUGUGUGAAUAACCCUCGUCUGGAUGGAGCAGCACAGAGACUCCGUUAAAGUCCAUACCGAAGAGUAUUUUCAGCCAAAGCGGUGUAAUCAACCAAAGAUGUAAAGAUAAUACAGGAAGUCGACUCUUUUUGAGGAUGUGAAAAGGGUGGGCUGAUUUAUUCAACGCUUAUUUCUUCUAUACUCAGAGGAAAAACACUUUCACAGCAGGGAAAAACAUGUUUGUAAACUAUACAAACAAGGGAAUUUGAAAAGCCAUAUUAUUUAAGAAUUACACCCAAGGUAUUGAGCUAAAAAAUAAACUAUGCAAUUAAAAAUGAAUUUGGGAGACCAAAACAAAUUCUGAUUUUCAGUCUUUCACAUUAUUAAACUAAAUAUAGCUGAAAAAAUAAGUCACAGCAUCGCUGUCCCAUCAAAACCUUGUAUGUCUAAAAUUGUAACUUCUGCGCUUUGAAUGGAUUCAUUUUGGAGCAUUUCUGUUGCUUUAUUCAUCAUGGCAUUUGAACAUGAUGUAAAGGGCAGCUGGACCAACAGCGAUGAUAUUGAACACUGUCAUGUUUCUACAAAUAUGACUGUGUUUAUCAGCCAUGCCUUUUAUAAACUAUGCAGAAAGAUUUGAAAACAUAUCAAAUAAUGCACAUCAUAUUUUAGAUAAUGAAACAUGGACAUAAAGGAAACAAUUUUAUAGUGUUUAUUGAGUAUUUUUAUGUGUAUUAAGUUCUUUUUCUUAUUAUUUUAUGAAUGCUCCACUGUUGAACACUGUUAAUGGUCAAUAAUAAACAAAUGUUUAGUUUA